AGUGCUGUAUAUAUAGGGCGAGCAGCCAGGAGCUGGACAUCAGUUGUGAUCAUUACUGCAUCAUGAACACUAAGGUACUCUUCCUGCUGGGUCUGGUGGCUGUGGUCGCCGCAGACAAGCGUCCAGCCCCCUCCUUGGCCUACGGUGCUCCCCAGGCACGCCAAUCAUCCGAGGAGUUUGAGUCUCCUAAGUAUGGCUUCGACUGGGCUGUUCAAGACGGUGAAUCCGGCAACGACUUCGCCCAGCAAGAGACCCGCGACGACGACAACACCAAGGGGUCGUACACCGUGCAGCUUCCCGAUGGUCGUCGCCAGACCGUGACUUACUACGUCGACGGUGACUCUGGUUACGUUGCUGACGUCCAGUACCAGGGUGAGGCUCGCUACCCCGACUCCGAUGAAGUCGGAGCCUACGCUCCACCACAGCCCAGCGCCCGCUACGGAGCUCCAUAAGGCAGUGGAGUUGGACACAGUAGAUGGUCUCAUGACUUCAUCUCCAGCCCAUGUACAUUACACAUCUUCUAAAUCCCACCUAACACACGACGUAGCCACUACGUUAUGUCAAAGUUAUUACGUUGUUACAACGUUUUAGCAACGUAAAAUGAAGUUAUGGUAACGGCAUGUGUUUGUGUUGGUAAACAUUACUGCCUGGAUCGAGGUCGACCAACGACAUGAGGCGAUUCCAUCACUUUCCGAAUCACUGGAGCCGUCCAUAUAGCUGAUUGACUGUCUUUCCUUCCCCCAUGAUCCUAUACUUCCCUUGAUCUUAUAAUUCCCUGAUCUUAUACUUCUCCUGACUUUAUAUUUCUGAUAUAAUACUUCCCCAGAUCUCUUCUUUCCCUGAUCUUAUAUUUCCCUUGAUGCUUCAUUGUUAUCAAGAAUACUUCAGUGUUGUAAAUAAUUUAUAACAUAAAUUAUUGAAUAAAUGAUAUGCAACUUA